GGGUAAUCCUAACCUCUCUGAUAGCUAGAUAUCAUGUCGUUUGAUAGUCCUCGCCGAGGCUCUUGUCUCUGUGGCGCGAUCCGCUACGAGUUAUCUGCCGAGAAACCAGUGAUGUACAAUGUCUGCCACUGCAUCGACUGCCAAAAGUCGUCUGGCUCCGCCUUUGUAGCCAAUCUGGGGGUUCACAAAGAGGAGUACGAGAUUGUUUCUGGUCAGGGCACCUUGAAGUCUUACUCAACUUCCUCUACCUCCUCCGGAAACACCCUGACACGUUGGUUCUGCGCCAUUUGCGGCUCAUCCAUGUUCGAAACAACGACAGAGGACAAAAAUCUCGUCAUGCUGCAGAGUGGCACACUAGAUGACGCCACCGACUGGAAGCCUGUGCAGGAGAUAUUCUGCGUCCGUCGGAGGCCGUGGCUAAGAAGGAUCGAUGGAGUUCCUCAAUACGAAAAGUUAGCUCCGGAAAGCUAAACGGAGAACAUAGGCUAUUCUAUAUGCUGCCUUUCUGUAUCCG